CAAGUGAAAGUCGGGCUGGCACCUGCACACACCCACUCUCACACCUCCCUGCGGGCUGGACGCUCCUCUGCCGCGGGAGAAAUCCCUUCCACACUCCGGAUCUUCCUCCUCCCGGCGGGCUUGGCUGGGAGCAGCAUCCCGGUCCUCGCGUGAGGCUGCUCUGCCGCUCCUGGCGGCUCCGGCUGCGGCAGCGGCGGGCACGGAGGAGCUCUGGGACCCCGGGGACAGAGCUCUGCAGGGAGCCCAGCUCAGCUGGGGGCGACAGCUGAGCCUCGGGGGCUCAGAGCAUCAUCCCCAGCAUCUGGAGCAUCCUGGAGUCCAGAGCAUCCGCAGCGUCCAGGGUGUCCUGGGUACAGAGCAGCCCUGGCAUUUGGAAUAUCCUGGGUACAGAGCAUCCCUGGCAUCUGGAACACCCUGGGAUGCAGAGCAGCCCUGGCAUCUGGAACAUCCUGGGAUGCAGAGCAUCCCCAGCAUCUGAAGUAUCCUGAGUGCAGAGCAUCCAGAGCACCUUGGUGUUGUAUUAUUUCCUGGUCCAGUGCAUCCAGAGCAUCAGGGUAUCCAAAGCAUCCUGCCAUCCCUGGCAUCUUGAGAACCCUGCCAUCCAGCCCGUCCCCAGCAGCCAGAAGCAGCAUCCAGGGACAUCCCAGAGCAGGAGAAUUUACAGGCACGAGGAACUGCUGUGAGUAAUGGGGAGGGAACCUUGGUCCUGCUGAUCGGCUCCUGGGAAUGUCACUCUGCCCUGAGUGCCAGUGAAGAGAGAGAGAGGGGGAAGAGAGGGAGAGGAGGAGGUGAGGAGACGGAGGACAGGCACAGAGCAGACAGAGAUGAUCCUCCUUUCCCAGUCCUGGUGAUGAUCACGCAGCACAGGCCACGCCAGAGCAGGUCCCAGCCCCAGAGCCAGCCCUGCCCCAGCCCUCAUGGAGGGGGACCUGGGGGCCCCCAAUGCCAGCGUGCUGGGGGAGCACUCCCUGCUCGUGGGCAGCAGCUGGGUGGCCGCCUUCCUCUGCUUCAUCAUCCUGCUGACCACAGCAGGCAACUUCCUCCUCAUCCUCCUCAUCAUCACCCAGCGCUCCCUCCGCAACACCUCCAACUAUUUCCUGGUGUCCCUCUUCAUGUCGGACCUGAUGGUGGGGCUGGUGGUGAUGCCCCCAGCCAUGCUCAACCAGCUCUACGGCCGCUGGGUGCUGCGGGGGGACUUCUGCUCCCUCUGGGCCUCCUUUGAUGUCAUGUGCUGCAGCGCCUCCAUCCUCAACCUGUGCGUCAUCAGCCUGGACCGCUACCUGCUCAUCACGUCCCCGCUCAGGUACAAGCUGCGCAUGACGUCCUGCAGGGCCCUGGCGCUCAUCCUGGCCACCUGGACCUUGGCCGCGCUGGCCUCCUUCCUGCCCAUCAAGAUGGGGUGGCACGAGCUGGAGUUUGAGGUGCGGCCCCUGAAUGUCACGGGGCGUGGGGACGAGGAGCAGUGCCGGCUGCUGGUCAGUCUGCCCUACGCCCUGGUGGUCUCCUGCCUCACCUUCUUCCUGCCCUCGGCCGCCAUCUCCUUCACCUACUGCCGCAUCCUGCUGGCAGCGCGCAAGCAGGCGGUGCAGGUGGCGUCCCUGGCCUCCAACGUGGCCACCACUGACGAGGCCACGCCACAGGUCCCACGUGUCCCGAGCCAGCCCCUGGCCAGCAGUGAGAGCAGGAGGUUCACCAACAAGCACAGCAAGAAGGCUCUGAAGGCCAGCCUGACCCUGGGCAUCCUCCUGGGCAUGUUCUUCGUGGCCUGGCUGCCCUUCUUUGUCACCAAUGUGGCUCAGGCAGUUUGUGACUGUGUCCCAGCUGGAUUCUUCGAUGUGCUCACCUGGCUGGGCUACUGCAACAGCACCAUGAACCCCAUCAUCUACCCACUCUUCAUGAGGGACUUCAAGAGAGCCAUGGGCAAGUUCCUGCCCUGCUGCCGGCGCUCGGCAGAGCCCCGGCCCAGCGCCAUCUCCCUGUCCAUGAGGAACUCCAACAGCGGGCCCCGCGCCGCCACCUCCCUCAAGAACGUGCUCAGCCUGCAGGCUGACACCGACUCUGUGGAUUCUGGGGCACCAGGGAGCGAGCCCAGGCUGCUCCCAGCCCCGCCGGGCCCUGCUGCUCGCUCCGUCAGCCUUUGGGACGCGGAGCGCCCCGACACGGAGCCGCAGCUCAGCACUCCUGUGGCCUGAGCGGGGCAUACACUGCUGGCUGUGCUGGCAAGGAUCCCCCAGGAGCCCAGCACAAACCCUCUGGUGGGAGCUGAUUUGCCACAAGCCAUCUCCCAAACGCCCUGUUCCAGCACGUGGAGCAGCUCAUGGAGGGGAUGGUGGCCCCAGGCACUGUCACAAGGAGGAUCAAGCCGUGCAAAGACAGGGUUGCUGCUGAGUUAACCUGCCUUGUCUCUCUCUCUUUCAUCCCUCCUGUGCUCACAGUCACCAUCCCCUAACCCUUGCUGUGGCCUUUCCAUCUCUGGUGAAUCUGAACCUCAGAUUCCAGACUCUGUGUCUCCUUAACCCCAAACCAAGGCUUGGUUUUGCUCAGCAGAUCUCCUCCCAGUGCACCAAGAGGAGUGGUGGAAAAACCUCAAAAACCUCCUGUGGCUCACGGACAAGAGGUCUGGGGCUGCUUCAGCAGGAGCACAGGUUUGGGGUGCUUCAGCCCAUGGAACAUCACAUGUCCCUGGAGCUGGAUCUCCUCACUGGAGUUGUGUCUGUGUCAGGUUCCUGUCACACUCCAGCUCAGCGGCACCGCCGUGUCUUGUCAUGCAGAGCUGCACUGUGGGGGCUGAAUUUGCUGCAGAACGUCCAACACGGAUUUCUGGAGGCUCAGUGGGGGUGUGGCGUGCGACUCACGGUGGCUCCGUGGGUGUCUCACAGCAGUGAUGGGAUCUGCUCCUCCCACAGGCUCCAUCCCACAGCUUCCCACCCUGGCACAGGACCAUCUCACCUCCCUCUGACAAUCCAUCAUGUCCUUGAUGAU